GCUGCAUAGAUGGAGGAUAACUCAGAUCAAUCGGCUUUGAAGCUCUCAAGGUCUCAUACCCUGGGGCCCUUGUUGUUGCACCAAAUGUGAAAGGUCUUCCACCGCCGAACAAUCCUGCUCCAGGCCCAGCCCAUAAUCCUGCACCACCACCAGCUGGACUAAAUUGAUCCAAUUUUGUUUAAAAAAUUAAAUAAAAGAAAUCUUAUGGUUAGUGAUUUAUUUUAUCAGAUAUAAAGUAUGUUUAAUUACGAGGGGUGUGGAGAAAUUGGUUCAUUGAGAGCAAUAUUUUUAGCUCAGUUUCAUCAUCUACAGGGUCCGAUGAUAAGAUGUCAAUAUCCUUCGGAUUAUAUUUCUAAAGACAACUUUGAUCUUCUUUCAAGGUUCCUUAUUCCUAAAAAUGAAGUGCAGGAACAGACGAUUACUGUGAAUGCUUGUGGAUAUAAGAUAUCAGGAUAUCCAACCUAUCUCAAGGAUAAAAAGUAUAAACGAAACUAUCUUCUCUUCAACUUGUGUAUAGUCUGCCAUCCUUGGUCAAGAACUGUUCAGUUUGAACCUUUUGUUCGCAAACUCUCACAAUUCUUUGUAAACUUAGAGAUGGAAUCUGAAAUAUUAUCAAAAGGUUAGUACUGGGAAAUGGUAAAGAAAG